CUUUUGGUUCCGGUAUCAUCCCUGAUUCUGUAGUGGUCCCCCAACAAAUUUCACGUCUACUCAGGCCGCCGCAGUGCUGUCGCUGGAUGGAACACCCACAUCGUCCACCGCCUCGUAGACGAUAGCUUCGAUAGCUUCGAAUCAUGUCGGCGCCGUCGCCUCUCCACCGCCAUCAAUCUUCCCUCGAGGGCAUCAUCGAUUUCUCAGCCGAAGAGCCUCUGGGAAUCCACCAGCGAAACGAUGCGAGACGUAGAUUCUAUCGUAUUGUCGAGCAUUUUGGAGCUAGUGGUGCUAUCGAUCGCGCCCCGCCAAAAUACGAACCACCGAGGCUUGUCCGCUAUACUUACGAAUAUGCACUUUCAGAGGAAUCUAGAGACAAUUUCCUACGGGCCUUCUUUCGGGCUAUGACACUCUCUUUAACCGGACAGAGCGGCGACGACAACGACCUCGACGAUCUCGAGAAUAUCCGCUCUCUAUUCUUUGGUUUUGCUAGCUAUCUACUCGAUUAUUUUUUUCUACCCAUCAAGUCUUCUACGAAAAAGACACCACAACCCUCACCCGCAUUCCACUCGGCCGUCGAGCGAGCCCAGGGAGGUGCGCAAGGCUUUAUUGGAACCCCAGAUAGGUUGUCCCGGCUUCGGGGCGCCUGUCUCAUCCGCGACCGCCAUCGCUGUGUUAUUACCCGCUGUUUUGACCAUAAAGAGGCGAGAAAUCGUAUGCAACAGAAUGGCGACGAUGCCCGGGAUGAUAAUGGAGUUCUACUUUUAGAAGAUACGGUCAUUGAUGAACUGGAAGUGGCCCACAUACUUCCACAUUCCCUAAUGAAAGUAGAUGGGGGCCGCGAAUUGGUAUAUCUUCUAUAAUCCCUCUAAACAAGCAGCACUCACAAUCCUCGAUAUGUUUGACACUGGUAUUGUACACUUAAUUGAUGGGACUGAUAUCGACCGGCCAAGAAAUGCCGUUACACUUACAGCUUUCCUCCAUACUCUCUU